GAGCACGCAGCACGCGGCCCGGAGCCAGCAGCGGGCCCUGGCGAGGUGCCUUUGCGGAGCCCAGGGUGCCCGCCGUAUCCCCAGGGGCAGCACAGGGGCCACAGACAUGAGCAUCUUCCGGAACCUUCUCCCUCUGACCAAGGCCAGCCGGGCCCAGGAGGAACAGAAUGGGGAGCAGGAGCAGCUCCCCACCCCAAGCCAGUACCCCCAGGAGGCUGCCCUGCAGGCCACGGUGCUAGGUCUGGCAGCCCUCAGCGAGGCCCACCCUGCUGCCGUGCUGGCUCCAGGAGCCGUGGGCCGUGUGACCCCCACAUCCCCAUGGCCGUGCUCCCUGCCCUGGUUGGGGCCCAUCCUGGGCCAGGAAGGCCCCCCCGGAGCCGAGGACCCCAGGGCCCUGCUGCUGGCUGCCCUGAGGUCCCCGGGGCUCAGGGCCCUGGAAGCUGGGACAGCCACAGAGCUCCUGGACGUGUUCUCCCGCCUGGAGGCUGCCGGUGAGGAGCUGGUGGAGGCCAUAGCCGCAGGAGACUCCGGGGCACCUCUCCCGGGAAGGGCAGCUGAGGUGCGGACAGCCCUGGAGCAGGGGCCCCGGGGCCUGGCCCCUCGGCUCUGGCCACAGCUGCAGGUGGUGGUGACUCUGGACGCCGGUGGCCAGGCAGAGGCAGUGGCUGCCCUCGGGGCCCUGUGGUGCCACGGCCUGGCCUUCUUCUCUCCGGCAUACUCCACCUCUGGAGGACUGCUAGCCCUGCACCCGUGGUCCGACCAGCCCCAGGGGGUCUACCUCCUGCCCCCCGGGACUCCCUUUGUCGAGCUGCUGCCCACCAGGGAUGGAGCCCAGGAGGACGACACCCGCACGCUCCUCCUGGCCGAGGCCCAGCGAGGCAAGGAGUACGAGCUGGUGCUCACUGACCACGCCAGCCUGACCAGGUGCUGCCUGGGUGACAUCGUGCAGGUGGUUGGCACCCACAAUCAGUGUCCGGUGGUCAGGUUCGUGGACAGGCUGGGCCAGGCUCUGAGCGUGCGUGGGGAGGUCACCAGUGAGCGUCUGUUCUCCGAGGCCCUGGGCCGGGCUGUGGCGCAGUGGCCAGGUGCCAAGCUGCUGGACCACUGCUGCGUGGACAGCGGUGUCUUGGAUUCUUCUGAGGGCUCUGCACUGCACUACGAGGUGUUCCUGGAGCUGAGGGGGCUGAGGAAUCUGUCGGAGGAAAAUCGCUACAAACUGGACCUCUGCCUGCAGGACGCCUCCCCGCACUACAAGUCCCUGCGCUUCCGGGGCAGCGUGGGCCCUGCCCAAGUGCACCUGGUGGCCCACGGGGCCUUCAGGGCCCUCCGCGCCGCCCUGGCCACAGGGCUGUCAUCCUCUGCGCCCACUGCGAUGCCCCGAGUGCUGAAACACCGGCGGCUGGCCCAGCUCCUGCAGAGGAAGCUGCUGUCCUGAGCCGCUCUCGGCCACCCUGGAGAGUCCCCACGUAACCAAUGGCUUCCUGUGUCCCCCCCACAGCCCUGCGCCUGACCUGUGUGCUGGGUGGGCUGGAAGCGUGGGGGGCAGGGAGGACUCCCCAGGAGACGCUGGUCCAAAGGAUGGGAGCUGUGAAUAAAGAUCCAGUGUCCCUGU